AUGCGCCUCUGGCUGCCGCACAACGCCCCACCCUCGGCGCCGGCGGCGGUGUGCCUCGCUGGCCAGCUUCGCGUGCUCUCCAACGCGUGGCUGCAGGACAACCUGCUCGACGCGGUCCUACGGCCGCUUCGGGCGGCCCUCUUCAUGCACGUGAGCCGGCAGUCGCGGUCGUGCGGAACCCGAGGCAUGCGCUGGACCCGCGUGCUCGUCGACUGUGCGUCGCCCGCCGCCCUCACCUCGCGGGCGGCGCUGGACGCCAUCGUCCACCGGAUCGCGCCGGCGAGCAUGUCGCUGCUGGACGACGAGCUGCUGCUGCGGCAGCACAAGCUGAGCGUGGCAUCGGCUCCAGGCGUGUUCAGGCGCACUGCAGUCGGCUGCCCAUACUCCACCUGCGCACCGCUGCUGCUUCGCUACGCGGGCUGCGCGAGCGACGUCGAGCGCUUCGAGGCAGAGCGAGGCCAGCAGUUCCGUUGGAUCGUGCGCGCGCGCCCCGACCUCCUGUGGCAUUGCCGCCUGCCGGACAUCACCGCCGCGCGUUGGCCGCCAGCGCGAGCCUUGGCGUACACCUACCGCGACUGGGUGGCCGUCUUCUCGCGCGGGGUGGCCUCCACCGCUCUCCGCCUGGAUUCGCGGCUCGCGCAGCCGCAGCCGUGCCGCAGCCGCGGCUCCCACGAGCAGCUCCUGUGCCUCGACUCGCUGCUCGAGGCCGCCAACGCCUCGUGGCUCUGCAUGCCGGAGCCGCCGAGGACGGACCGAGAGCCUUCGCGGCUCGAGGCGAGCAAGCACUGCACGCAACAGUACGGCAUGCCGCAGCAGUGCAUAAUGGACCCGGCAUUGCCCCCCUUCAUGCAGGGCAUGGCUCAGCCAGGAGGCUCCAUCCACCCUGCCCAGUGGGAGCAGCAGGCCUACUGCUACCCGCAACCCGCCGGUGCAUACGGCGCCAUCCCGCCCCUCUGCGGAGGCGCAGGCACGUACCCGUCUCAGGCCUGGAUGCCACCAGCAGCGCCACAGCCGCCGCCCGCGCCAGCACCGCCUCCAGCGCCUACGCCUGGUGCCGGCGCCGCGCCCCCACAUGCCGCCGGCUCCGCCCCUGCCAAUGUCACCGUCGAUGAACUACGGACGCUCCUCAACUGCGCCAGCGUCUCCGGCGCCACCUCUGCCAGCCGCAAGUCAUUCAAGGCGCUUUCGGCGGCCGAGGUUAACGAGCUCAAGACGAAGCUCGUCAAGACCGACAUCGUCCCCUUCAUCAACCGCUUGUGGAGGAAGGCGUAUCGCAGAGGCGAAAUCUUCCGCCGGCUCCACGGCUUCUGGGCCAGCGGGACUCGCAGCCAGCUCGUCGCCGACAUCGCAGCAGGCGACAGCGCUCUGCUCGAGGCCGACACGUGGCUCGCUGACGCCAUCGGCAGCUGCCUCGACCGCUCCGCCGCCGCCGUCGAGCUCUUCUUACGCCGCCCCGAGAGCAACGACCUGUAUGCCGAGGCACAAGGCGUCACCACGCUCCUCCGCAUCGCCGCCCUCGCACGCCACGAGCCAGGCGCCGCCAUGACGCAGGCCGAGCAAGCCUUCGACGACAGCAAGCCCCUCUUCAUGGGCAUGGGCAACGACGAGGCGCUGCUCGCCGUCACGCAGAUCGCCAGCGAGUUCGGCAUGCUCAGCGACCGCUGCCGCAAUACGCUCGACGUCUACCGCGCCAUCGCCGACAAGCUCCCCGCCGAGGCGCGCACGGCGGCGAGCGCGGUAGCGGCAAGGGGGGCGGCGGCGGCGGAGAAGGCGGCGGGAGGGGCGCUGGUCGGCGGUACGCUCGUCGGCACGCUCGUCGGUACGGGGGAGGCGGCCGCGGGCGUCGGGCUGGAGUAG